GCUCUCUGACCCCAGUGGCAGCUACGACUCACUGCACUCCGGCUCCCCCUCCGUCACAUCGCGGCGACUCACUCCCCCCCUUCCCCGCUGUCUGUCAGUGUCUCUCAGCAACCUCCGGGGUCCACUCUCCUCCUCUUCCCCCCUGUGCUUUCUUGUCUGGUUUCUUUCUACAGGAGCCAGUCGAGGUCCCACCGGGUCGAAGGUUCUGCCCCGGCCGCUCAGACUGCCGCAACCUCCGGAGCAGCCGCGCGUCCAAACCUGCCCGCUGGCUGCCGCAUGGACCCGCGUCUCUUCGCUGCCGCCUCCGCCGCUUAGAGGGCGACCCUGACCCGACCGACACUCUUUCUCCUCCGGACUGAUAUUAAACCCCCAAAACAGCCCCACACGACGAAGACUGCUUUUGGUGUGUGCGUGGAGAUUGAGUGAGUCGGCGAUAUCUCCGCUGCCGCUCGGAGACUUACUGGGCUUCUGGAGCGCGUCUGAAGGAUGACCGCUGCACGGCUUGCCGCUGAAUCCCGGUGAACGAACGGCAUCUCAUGUCCAAACGGCGGAAGGAUGGCUCAUGGCAAAGUGACCAUCACAGUGGACGAGUACAGCUCCAACCCAACACAGGCUUUCACGCACUACAAUAUCAACCAGAGUCGCUUCCAACCUCCACAUGUACACAUGGUGGACCCAAUUCCCUACGACACUCCCAAGCCGGCUGGACACACCAGGUUUGUGUGUGUGUCGGACACACACUCCCGCACAGACGGUAUCCAGAUGCCCUAUGGCGACGUGCUGCUGCACAUGGGCGACUUCACCGAGCUGGGCCUGCCCUCUGAGGUCAAAAAGUUCAACGACUGGCUAGGUGGCCUCCCGUACGAGUUUAAGGUGGUGAUCGCAGGGAACCAUGAGCUGACCUUUGAUAAGGACUUCAUGGCUGAACUGGUCAAGCAGGAUUACUACCGAUUUCCCUCUGUCUCCAAACUCAAACCUGAGGACUUUGAUAAUGUCCAGUCACUUCUCACAAACUGUGUGUAUCUGCAAGACUCUGAUGUCACCAUCAAGGGAUUCCGGAUAUAUGGGACACCAUGGACUCCGUGGUUUAAUGGCUGGGGUUUCAACCUGCCGCGAGGACAGUCUCUGCUGGAUAAAUGGAACCUCGUCCCCGAUGGCAUCGACAUCCUGAUGACCCACGGACCUCCGCUCGGUUUCCGAGACUGGGUUCCCAAGGAGCUGCAGCGGGUGGGUUGUGUGGAGCUGCUGAACACUGUCCAGAAGAGGGUGCGACCCAAACUCCACGCCUUCGGGGGAAUUCAUGAAGGUUACGGCAUCAUGACCGACGGAUACACGACGUUCAUCAACGCGUCCACUUGCACCGUCAGCUUCCAACCCACCAACCCCCCCAUCGUGUUCGACCUGCCCAACCCCUCCUCCUCCUGAGAGGUUGUCGGACGGCAGCGGAAUUAAGCUUUUUUUUCUAUAAAUAUGUCAAGUUAAAAAAAAAAGACUUGUUUCUUUAAAUAUUUCUUUUUUCAAGCUGUAGAGGUGGAGGUUUCGGGGUGAGGGAGUGGGUGGGAGGUUCAGAGGUCAAUGGAGAAUAUCUCUUUCCAGUUGUGCCAAUGGCAUCUUUAUCUUUUUUGCACAGGUUUCAGAUCUCGUUUUGACAAUUCCAAAUGACUUUCACCUGGAAACGUUGGCUUCUGUCAACUCAAAUAUUGUCAGUCUGAUGCCGUGGUAAAAGAUUUUGUUCCCCCAAAAACAUUUUUUCAUCGUGCUUUAAAAACAAGAUUACAAGGAAAUAAAAUGGGGAAGUUGUUUAUGAAGGACAUGCAGCAUUUGUUUGGGGGGGAUGAGAUGCCUGACACAGUGUUCUCCUGCGAACUCGAGGGGUUUUGUGAUUUAACAAUCUUGCUCUUGAUGAAUUUGGGUCUGAUCUGUAAGAUAAAUGACGCUUUGUGAAUUUGUACAAUUAUCUUUUGUUUGCUGGACAAUGGAUGGUAUUGUUUUCUAUUCUUCACCAUAUAUAUAUAUAUUUGUCUUUAGGCCUCAUAAUCAUUUUCUUCUCUUCUUUUCCUUCUCUCCACGUCAGUUCCUAUUUUGUCAUUGGCUGACAGGGACGCUGCCUUAAACGAGCUUUAAUGUUCUCAGCCCCGAAAGUUGCGAGCUCAGAAAGAGUCCUUAUUUAUUUCCUGUGACAACAGCGUGUGACGGAAAACUGUCCAAUUACUGCCCGAAACAUCAAGCAUUCUGUUAUGCAUUUCUCUUCUGAUUUGGAAAAUAUAUGUAUACAAAUAUAUAUUAUAUAUUCAUGUUGUAAAACAUCAGUACAAAAAGUUGUGUUUGCUGAUUUAAAAAAAAUAAUUCUGGUGCAUUUUUUUCUGCAUGCACCUGUGUAACUGAAAUGUUUGUUUCCUUUUUAAGAUGUUUUGUGAAUUUACUUCCACUUAUUGUCCAUUUUUUAAGAGAGGAAUUGUCUUUUUUUUUUUUUUCUCAUCUUGUCACAAUCCAACAGGCGCUGUUACUUUAAACAAAAUCCGCCUGCCUAAACAUUAAGUUAUCCAUUGAAAUGUAAAUUUGAGGGUAUUUUUCUCGAACUUUUUUGUUUCAAAUUUUGCACUGUGUGUAAAUGCAAUCUUGCUUGCACAAAAAAAAAUGUUGCCAAUUGUUUCAUCUCUGCCGCUGUAAAUGCUCUCUUUUUCGUGCUCUCGUCCUCUCUGAUUGUAUCCCACUCAUGGAAAUGUUAGUUCUCCUUUUUGGUUCAUUGUGAUAUAUUUA